GCGAUUUUCUGCUUGACAAGGUCAUACCAAUCGGUAUACAAAUCGGUAUGCCAUACCAUACCGGUAUAUGCUGGACGGGUGCAACGUGUUCAAUCGAAAAUGCUCCGAGCUGUGUUAAUCCACGCGGCAUCGGCGGCGCUCGUCGUUUCGGGAUGGCUUCCCUCCACCUCAGCUUUCCGUCCUAUGCGGCCCGAUGGCGGCCCGCUCUUCACCAGCUCCAAGGUUGUGCGCACUCUGAAUAUUGACAAUUACGACACCAUGCUGAACGACACACGAACAGUUUGGCUUGUGGAUUUUUACUCCCCGUGGUGCCCUCAUUGCCGCCAGUUCGCACCUCAAUGGGAGGAAGUGGCGAACGUCUACGCCCAUGCCAACACAAUUCAAUUAGGUGCGGUAGACUGCACGAAACAAAAUGAGAUAUGCGAUCGAGAGGACGUGCACUCGUACCCCUCCGUCAAGAUGUUCCAUGUACCACUAGAGGCCAAUGAAGCCAUCGAUAUGCCCCAUGAUGUCCACGUAUAUGCUCGCCAUGUGGCUAAGUGGAUCGAGGAGACACUCAAGGAAAACGGUAUGGGACCAUUAAUUGAUAUUGAUAAAAUGUACCCGAAGAAUACCCUGCGUAAUGACCUGAAGAAAAAGGAAUUUAAGUUCGGAGACCCCGUGGAGCCAUUACAUGACGAUCGAUCUGCGGAAAUUCAGAUGAAGAGAUUGAUGGAUGCUGGAACUACUGCGUUGUUUACAUUUGAGGAUGGAUUCUUUAUGGGCACGACGGUGUUGGCAGGAGAGAGAUAUGAUGCUGCGGUGACGUGGGUGCAGACACUAGCGGAUGCUUUUCCGAUGAAAGAAAACCGCGCUACGUUUGCACGGCUUGUGGAUAUGAUGAAGCAGCAGAACAGGUGGAAGCAGGCGGACUGGAACACAAUGAUACACACGUGGAAAGCUACGGCAAAUGCGAUGAGUUAUCCUAAGAAUUUGUUUGCGAAUAAGGACGAUUUGAGUUUGUGCACGACGUUCACGUGCGGGAUCUGGACGCUGUUUCACAGUUUAACUGUAAAUGGUGUCGGUCAGUUGAAGCCGAGUGAGAUCAUGAUAGCUAUCCGUCUCGUCGUCAAGCAUUUUUUCGGCUGCGAGGAGUGUAGGCGUCAUUUCCUGAAGGCAAACCCGGAGACUGUGAUUAAGAAAAUGGCGCUUAGAGACGAAGAUGGCCCUGACUCCGUGACAUUUUGGAUCUGGACGAUGCACAACACUGUCAAUAAGGUACUCGGCAAACCGAGGUGGCCAACCAACUUGUCGUGUCCCAACUGCUACUUUGCGAAUGGCCACCCACUGUCGUUGGACCCGGCACAGCUUAGCGAAGAAGAUAUCGUUGCAUACGUCAGAAGCGUUUACAAGAUUGAAGGUAAUCUGAAACUUGGGCAGCACGCUACUACCACGACGUCAUGGCUCACGUUGCGGAGAUUCACUUCAAUGGCCGCAGUCGCGCUGCUCACUGCGGUCUUCGCUACGAUAUUCCAGCAGUACAAGCACCGUCUCGUUGGAAUGAAAGUAUUGAGAACACGCGAUCACAUUGCAUAGAAGACAGGCUUGUUAAAAAAAACUAGUACGAAGUAGAUGCAAAGCAUUUACAUUUCUCAAAUAACCCAAUUGGGCUAUUUUAAAAGGGAAAAUUCCAAUCGUGGACUCAUUUUUACCACACCACUUCAAAGCC